GGUUUUUCCUUAAUCCUUUCAAAUAUUUAUUUUUAUUUAUUGUUGUUGUGUUCCUUUCGAUUAAACAAUUGCACAACCAAAACUUUAGGUCGAUCAAAGAUUAUUAUUUUUAUUAUUUAAAUAUCAAAUCUCUUUUUUUUCCUUUUUUUUUUCUUUACUGCCGCCGCAUAAAAAGCGACGAGACAGUGAACAUAAUACCAAAUUUUUCUUAAAAAAAAAAAAUAUAAAUAUAUAUUUUUUUUUCUUUUGAAAAAUACGUAUAUAUAUACGCCAAAAUAAACAAUAUUUAUAUAAUUUAUCCUUAUUAUCUUAUUAUUAUUUAUUUUAUAUCAUAUUUAAAAAAAAAAAAAAUGUCUUCUCGACCGCAGUUACACGUUACAGUUAUUAGACAUGCUGAAACAAACUCUAACUUGAACCAUAUUUUACAAGGUCAAAUAGACACAAAGUUGAAUAAAACCGGAAGAGAACAAGCAGAGUCUGUUGGUAGGCGUUUAAGAAAAGUAAAAAUUGACCAUAUUUAUACAAGUGACUUGACUAGAUCAAAGAAAACAGCAGAAGCUAUCGCCAAACAUCAUCCUGAUACACCAGUAACAACAGAUAUUCGACUUCGUGAAAAAGACUCUGGAAGAUUAAGUGGUUUAUCAAUUCAACAAUCUUUGGAUUUAAUUAAAAAUGAAGGUCUUACAUGGGAUGAUUAUGGUGAACCAGAUGAUGAUUUUCGGUAUAGAGUCGUUGAUUUCUUUAAUGAUAUAAUCGCUACUCAUUUACCAAAAAGUUCAAGUGAUUUACCAUCAAGUCCAAAACAACCUGGAAAGAAACGAAAUCCACAUAUUGUUAUCGUAUCACAUGGUGGUGUUAUAAAUAAAUUGGUAAAAGAACAUAUAAUUAUGGAUCUUGGAUUUAAUGUUAAUGAUUAUUUAAGUAUGAAAUAUAAAGCAAAAAAUACUUCUGUUACAAAAUUUACUGUAAGAAGAAAGAAAAGUAGUAGUGAUGAUUCAGUAAAUAUGGAUGAUGAUGAUGCUAAAAGUGUUGUGAGUGUUGGUAGUAAUAGUAGCAGUGGAAAAGAUGAUGAUAAUAACUCUGAAAAAGCAAUGAGUACUAGACGUGAUAUUGAACGUAAAGUACGACUUGAAGGUGAAGUUGGUCUUUGGAGUUGUGUUUCACAUUUAACUUCCAUUGGAAAACGAACACAUGGUGAUUCUCAAAUUGAUGAAUUCGUUCAUUAAUUGAUUAGGAGAAAUAAUAUAUAAAACAUAUAUAAACAUAAGGAUGUCAAAAAAAAACCUCAUUUUCAAUUAUUUUCAACAAUUUUAUAAUCUAAGACAAUCACUUUUUUUAAGUAACAACCAAUUUUUUUU